CCUUCGAGCAAUAUUUUGUCCUAGUCCUUCUUGCUUGUCCCUCUCCCCUCAGUGCCCCCCCCCCCCGACACUUCACACGUGUCAGGGGCUGGCCCCGUGCCUCCCCGAGGAAGGGCAGGUUAAUACCUCCGGGCCAAGGCUCUUGCUUGCCACUCUGCAUCCAGCCUCCGGCUCCUCCGCAGCCAUGGACAGGAUUUUCUCUGCCUUGCUGCUCUCUUUGCUGCUUCUCCUCCAGAGCUAUGGAGUUUGCGGGGCACCUCCGCAACCGAGAGGCACCCUGUGUAGAACCAAACCCACCGACUUGGUGUUCGUCAUCGACAGCUCUCGAAGCGUGCGCCCACACGAAUUUGAGAAAGUCAAAGUCUUCAUGUCCCGGGUGAUCGAGGGGCUGGAUGUGGGCCCCAACUCCACCCGGGUGGGUGUGAUCAAUUAUGCCAGUGCUGUCAAGAACGAGUUCUCCCUCAAGACCUACCAAACCAAAGCCGGGCUCCUGCAAGCAGUCCGAAGGAUAGAGCCGCUCUCCACUGGGACUAUGACUGGUCUGGCUAUCCAGUUUGCCAUUAGCCGGGCUUUUAGUGACUCAGAAGGGGCCAGAGUGAGGUCUCCCAAUUUUAAUAAGGUGGCGAUCGUUGUGACCGAUGGACGUCCCCAGGAUGGAGUGCAGGAUGUGUCAGCAAGGGCCAGAGCAGCUGGCAUCGAGAUCUUUGCCAUCGGAGUUGGCCGGGUGGAUAUGCACACGCUGAGGCAAAUUGCUAGUGAGCCCUUGGAUGAUCAUGUGGACUAUGUGGAGAGCUACAGUGUUAUAGAGAAGCUGACCCACAAGUUUCAAGAAGCUUUCUGUGUGGUGUCAGACCUGUGUGCCACUGGAGACCAUGACUGUGAGCAGAUCUGUAUCAGCACCCCAGGAGCAUACAAGUGUGCUUGUAAAGAGGGUUUCACGCUGAACAGCGAUGGGAAGACCUGCAGCGCUUGCAGUGGUGGGUCAGGAUCUGCUCUGGAUCUUGUUUUCCUGAUCGAUGGCUCCAAGAGUGUGCGGCCUGAGAACUUUGAGCUGGUGAAGAAAUUCAUCAACCAAAUUGUGGACUCUCUGGAGGUGUCAGACAAGCAGGCCCAGGUUGGUCUGGUUCAGUACUCCAGUUCUGUCAGACAGGAGUUUCCACUGGGACAGUUCAAGAACAAGAAGGACAUCAAAGCAGCAGUCAAGAAAAUGGCCUACAUGGAGAAAGGAACGAUGACGGGCCAGGCUCUGAAGUACCUCAUUGACAGUUCCUUUUCCAUCAUCAAUGGAGCUAGGCCUGGUGUCCCCAAGGUGGGCAUAGUCUUCACUGAUGGACGGUCGCAAGAUUAUAUCACUGAUGCUGCUAAGAAAGCCAAAGACUUAGGCUUUAGGAUGUUUGCUGUGGGAGUUGGCAACGCAGUUGAGGAUGAGCUGAGGGAAAUUGCGUCAGAACCAGUAGCUGAGCACUACUUCUACACGGCUGACUUCAGGACCAUCAGCAAGAUUGGGAAGAAGCUACAAAUGAAAAUCUGCAUUGAGGAAGAUCCAUGUGAAUGUAAAUCUAUUGUGAAGUUCCAGACAAAAGUAGAAGACCUCAUAAAUUCAUUGCAGGAGAAAUAUAUCCUUCGGAAGCUGUCGUUGUUCAGAACUCAGUGGGUUGGGUUGUGCUUUCUGGAGGGACCAGUGGGGAAAGUGUACUCAUGGGGGAAGGAGGUUGUGUAGGUGUUCAGGAAGCUGGGAAACAAGACACUUGGAUUAUGAAUGUGUAUAACAAGAGGAGUCCCUGCACCAGAGUGUAUACCUACUGGUCUGACACAGGAUAAGUAGACCAAAACCAAUAGAGCCAAAGCAGACUAUGUCAAACCAUUGCAAGACAGCAAUGAGCUGUAGGGACCAAGACCUAGGUCAGUUUUUAGAAAGAUGCUUAAAUGAUGCCAAUGUGACAUGUGUGGAAGCAUGGGUCAUGCAUGGGGUCAUGCUGCUACCUCUGCAAGCUGCAGGUCCUGUGAAGCAGGCCAGA